AUGAGUUCCGGUUCCUCUACCACCGGCUCAGGCGCCUUCUCUUCCGAUAUGGACGAAUCAGAAUUCUUGAAAAGAAAUCGCAUGUUGCAUUGGGCACGACUAUCUCUAUCAUUUUUGAUCUUUACCGCUGCUGUCGCAAUUAUUCCCUGCGAAGCAGUUCCAUUCCAUCACUAUAGGACUACGGCUAAAUGGGCAACCUCUGGUCUUGCUCUGUGGCCUAUGAACUUUGAUAUUCGACCAACGGUAGCUAUAAUCGCCUGUGGCUGCAUCAUUGCAUUUUUGAACUUGGCAUACGUUAUCGCGGCACUUCUUCCGUUGCCUUACUCGCGUAUUAAGCUCCUAAACUCCUAUGCUUCGGCCUCUGCAAUCGCUGGCUUUCUCACUGCCCUGGUCGGUCUGGUCUUCACUAUUUACCUUCCCUCCUCGGCGUACCCAACUGGCUUCACCGAUAACGAAACUUUACACAGCUGGACUUGCAAAUGGAGGGAAAGCUCUGGGGAUGACAUUGCCCCGAUUCACUUUUUACGAGAUUGUCAUGCUACUAGUGCUGGUUUUGGGCUGCUGUGUUUGUCACUCGGAUUGGAGAUCUUUAUGGGAAUGGCCGCGGCUGUCGGUACCUGGUUCCAAAGGGAUGUUGGUCGUCGUCGUCAGGAGCAGGUUCAGUUGGAGAAGUUGGAGAAGUUGGAGAUUGCGACAAAGCAAGUGUAUAAGAACUGA